GGUGUCUCCUCCUAAAUGUCAGCAAUGCUAUCUCAUAUUUACCUUCUUCUCUUUACUUCUCUUCUACUAACAAACAGAGACACAGUACAAGGUCAAUACAACGGCGCUGUUAGGCUUUGGAGGAGCGGCCAAACAUCUUUAACUUAUACUUUUGGUAGAGUACAAGUAUAUUUAAAAGGACAGUGGGGUAACGUGUGCUGGAACUCCAAUGCCGACUCUGUUUUUACUAAACAAGAAGCUGACGUGACCUGUAGGAACUUGGGCUACAUUGGAUCCUCGUACUACUCAGCAUCUAGCAACGACAAUUAUGGUGUGGAUCCUAGCCCUACUCUCAUGUAUAGAGUGCACUGUCCAUCGACUGAUCAUAGAUUAUUACUGAUGAGCUGCUCUCAUGAUACAGACACUAUCAGCUCACACUGCACUGAUGCCAAUGAUGUUGGUGUACUAUGCUAUUCUAGCAGAAUAUGGUUUGAUCCGUAUCCUGGUAUGGUGAGACUAUCAGGUGGUGAUUAUAUUAAUGAGGGUCUUGUUGAGGUAUAUUAUAAUGGUGUCUGGGGUAAGGUGUGCAACCUACUCACACAUGAUGCUAAUACUAUAUGCAAGCAGUUGGGGUACACCUCUUCUCCACUGAAUGCCACUGUAAUUGGUUUGCCUAGUCAAGUCCAUUGGUACAAUUCAUUGCAGUGUUCUUCAUUGAGUGAUUGUGUUCAUGAGUGUUCAUCACUUCCUACCAUUCCUGCUACUUGCUUUCAUAGUGCUUACAUUCACUGUGAGUAUUCUGCAGGAAACUCCAUCAAUGAUUUAUACUCUUGUGAUACCAGACAAUAUCCUAUUGGAGAAGGUGCUAUAAGACUCUUUAGUAAUGGUAGUACAUCUACUCAAUAUAGAGCUGGAAUAGUCCAAGUCUUUGUUAAUGGCCAGUGGAGUAAUAUCUGCAGGAAGGAAUCAUUUUCACUCACAGAAGCUAAUGUAUUGUGCCAUCAAUUAGGAUACUCUAAUGCACUCAGUUGGAGCCAUGUUGCUCAAACAAAUAUUUAUGGGGUUGAUGGUCAUGCUCCUGGAUUGGGUAACGUGGUUUGUUCUGGUUCAGAUUUUCUAACAAUACAACAAUGCUCUCACAGUUCAACGAUUGACCCCAGAUGCAUUGAUGGUGAUGAUGUCAUUGUUAGAUGCUCCACAGCAAAUUUAACAUAUUCUGGUAAGAUAAGACUCUCAGAUGGGCCUUUCUCUAAUGAAGGGCGAGUUGAGGUUUAUUGCAAUAACGAAUGGAGGACAGUCUGUGAUGAUGCACUUAGUCCUACUGAUGCUUCAGUUAUAUGCAGGCAGCUAGGCUACACGGAUUAUAUCAAUUAUGAGUCCAGACUAUAUACUGGUAGUGGUUUGUUGUGGUUUAAUAGUCUUCAGUGUUCAUCUACUACUGAUUGUAUAACUGAUUGCCUCUCCACUCGCAAUUGCUAUAUAAAUACUUGCUCACAUAGUUAUUAUCCUUACAUUAGAUGCAGUUUUAAUUCAACUAAAGCAAGUCUGGCUAUUGGAUCGAUGAGCAAUUGUUCCUCAAACAUUGGAGGGGCUCAAUCUGGUGCUGUGAUACUGGAGAGAGAUGGUCAGUAUUCUUUAUCCCACACUUCAGGUCGUGUUGUGGUCUAUGGCGUCGGUUCAUCUACAGUCAGUUCAAGGUCCUGGGGUAACAUUUGCAGGAGAAAUACUUUCAGUCUAACAGCAGCUAAUGUGAUAUGCCACCAGUUGUCCUACACUGGUGCUAUAACCUGGUCCUAUGCUGCUGUUGACUUGUUUGGUAUAGACAGACGUGAUGCAUUGGUUGGUAGCGUUAGUUGCAGCAGGAGUGACUUCAUCUCUUUAUUCCAGUGCAGUAUGAGCACUAUUGUUAAUAGCCAAUGCACUGAUGCUGAUGAUAUUUCUGUUACAUGCUACUCAACUAGAAUAUGGAACAACCCUUACCCUGGUCAGGUUAGACUUACCAAUGGUGUGUAUGCUAAUGAAGGAUUGCUUGAGGUGUAUUGCAAUGGUGAAUGGGGCACUGUAUGUCAGAAUGAUUUCGCUGCAACAAUAGCACUGGCAGUUUGCAGGCAGCUAGGAUAUAGUUCUUAUUACAGAUACAACCACCUAACAAUUGUGGGUUCCUCUUCUCAACCAAUAUGGCUGAACAGUUUUACCACCAGUGCUUGUGCCUAUUGCAUCUCUCAGUGUCAAGUUUGUCCUACUAAUGUUACUGUUACUACCUGUGUUCAUGCUCAAGAUGUGACACUCACUUGCUAUUCUCCUUCUUGGAAUGAUCCGACUUACAUUACGAACACUACUUGCAACAGCAGUACAACACCCACUCCAACUCCAUCAAGUGAAGAAGGUGGAUUGAGUGGUGGAGCCAUUGCUGGAAUUGUAAUUGGAUGUGUUGUUUUUUGUGUAGCUUUUUCUAUGUUUAUUAUUAAUGUGACUAAAAAGAAACCUCCUUCAUGAUUUAUAUUAUUUUAAAAAUUUUUAAUCCUUAUGCUUUUAUUAAAAACUAAUAUGGUUUAUGACUGAUAUUUUAAAUCAUGAUAACAAAUGUAUGUAUGUAGUCUUAUAGUACCAUGAAAU